ACUCAGGAACGACACCGUUAGUCCCAGUAUGUCUAGGAAACUCUUCCAUAGUAGUGCGAUAUAGUUAGCAUCGUAGCUAGUCCAUGGAGGUUAAGCUGCUUAUACAAGACUAGAAAGCUCGAGGAGAUUAGGGCUUAGGCGGCAUCAUCGCAAAUGCCAGGCUUGUGGAUUCGUCUAAUGCUGAUUAGCAAUUCCAAACCGUCGGCCCUCAACCUGAAGAGUAGCCACAGACAGCUAAAGAUUAAUCGUAGGCCGGAGUAUACACAUACAAGCUGUAGGAGUUCUUCGAGAAGGGAGGAGAGACUGUAAGGUGUCACCUCCAAAAAGACAGCAUUAACAUCCAUGACGGUCGACCAGUGUUGGAUAAAAUCUUGGGCUGGAUGCGUUGGCUCUGUUGAUGUCUAACCAUUUCCGUCAAGUGCUCACGGCAUCGUCAUUUCGAGGCCGUCCCGUCGAUUCACAUGGCCAGAUAGCUACGGCUCGCUGCAGCUCGCGACAGCCCGCGAAGCGCUCCAGGGGUUGCCGGUUAGGCCUGCAUGGAUCCUUGCAACGUCGCAGGCGACAUUUACGACAUGGACCCCGGAGAGCCCGAGGUGGUGAGCACAGUACCGCUCUACAACUUCGAUAACAAAAUCAUCUGCAACCUGGCGGCUGACACGUGGCCUAUUGACAUCAGCGGCCAGAUGUGGGUGCUGCAGAAAAGGCUCACGCCGCGAGUGGAGCUGCCCUCCCUGCCGUCUCUGCCGCACUUCCGAGUCUAUCCCGAGAGGAGCUCGUCCACUGCGGACUUCAACAACUGGGAGCAGCUCAUUCAAGUGCUCAGGACUCGUGGACGGGUGGGUCUUGUCGCAUCAGAUGGAGGGCAGUACGAGUUCGGCCUUCUCCCCAUCUCCACUCCUCCCACCGCUCCUUCCCCUUCCGGCCCCUCUGCUGCUCCUCCCCCCACUCCUCCCCCCACCGGCCCCUCUACUGCCCGGGCAUACUACGCACGGCUUCCUGCCGGCAUUCCCCGCCGCGCUCCCCGCUUAUCAGGCCAGAUGUCACCUGCACAUGCACAUGCUCAGAUGCCACCUGGACAGGCACACUCGCAAGUGGCGUCAGCACAGGUGCAACCACAAGCAGCACCUCCACAAGCAGUUGCUCAGGGGCAGGGGCAGCAGUGGCGGCAGGGGCAGCAGGGGCAGCAGGGGCAGCAGGGGCAGCCAGGGCAGCAGGGGCAGCAGGGGCAGCAGCGGCAGCAGGGCCAGGGGCUGGGGCAGUGGGUGCUGGGACAGCAGGGGCAGCAGGGGCAGGGAUGGCCAGGGACGCAGGUACAACCAGGGCAGCUUCCACCUGGUUGUGUGCGCCAUCCACGAGCAUCCCCGACGUCUGUGCAACAGCACCACCAACAACCAGCAGCAGCACCACCACCACUGCAGCAGCAGCAGCAGCAGCCGCCCCUUCCAGCAAGGGCUGGCCGGCCCCACGCUCCGGGGUCACCGAGAGCUUGUUCCCAGGCGCUGCAAAACGGCCGUGCUUCACCCGGACCACAGAGCUUCCCUGGUUUCACAGGCUCUGGGUCCUUCUCCAAUCGUCCUGCUCCCUCCGCUCCUGCCUCCGCUCCUUCUCUCCUCCCUGCUGGCCUCCCUCUUGGUUCGACUAUUGGCGGUCCUGCUGCUGCUCCUGCUGCUGUUCCUGCUGCUGGUGAUGCUGCCCAGUCAGCAGCGCCUCAAGCACCUCCAUUGUCCACGUCAGCACCUCCAUUGUCCACGGCGGCAAUAUCACCCCUUCCGCCUCCUGCUCCCCCUCCUCCUCCUGCUCCUGCUCCUGCUCCCGCUCCUCCUGCCCCCGGCAUGCAUCCCCAGUACCUGGUUUCUCUGGCGCACACCCACCAGCAGUGGGUGUUUGGGGGGCUGGCUGAGCUCAUAGACAACUCGAUGGACGCUAAGGCGCGCAGGUUGGACAUCAAAAUCAGCAUGGCGAGACCCCCCCCACGAUCAGCAGCACCAGCACCAGCAGCAGCAGCAGCAGCAUCGCCCUCUGCAGCAGCACCGGUAGCCUCCAACUCCUCCUCCAAGCCAAUCCCCUCCCCCCUCCCCUCGGAGCCAAUCCCUGUGCUGCACGUGUGCGACGACGGCAAGGGCAUGGACCAUCAAGAGCUGGUGCAGAUGCUGUCGCUGGGCCAUGAGGUGCCGGACGAGGAGCACCCCAACCACAUUGGGAGAUUUGGUGUUGGGUUCAAGACCGGCACAAUGCGCAUUGGGAAUGAUGCGUUGGUUCUGACGCAGUCAAGCGACAGCCGCAGCAUCGCCCUCCUCUCGCGCUCGCUCAACCAGGGCCGGCAGGAGCUGGAGAUCCCCAUAGUCACCUACCGCCGGGUGGCAUCUGGGGGAGGCGCUGCUGGGGGAGGCGUUACUGGGGGAGGUGGUAUUGGGGGAGGUGGUUCUGAGUGGCAGCUGGAUCUGCGGGUGCAUGCAGAGGAGGAGGCUGAGAGGCGGAGCAGAGCUAUCUUUGACUUCUCGCCCUUCGACAAGCCGCGGAUCGACCACGAGUUCCGAAAGUUGGAAGAAGCCAGUUCUCCUACCGCUGCUGCUGCUUCUACCACCGCUGCAACCACGGGCACUGCGCCCACCAGCACGCCACCCACCGGCACGCGCAUAUAUGUGUUCAACCUGAAGCGCCUCUCCCGCCCCGAUGCGGCGUACGAGCUGGAGUGGGACGACAGCGCCCAUGACAUCCUCAUCCGCACGCGACGGCCCCGCGCCCGCCCCAACCAGCUCUGCCAAGACGUGCCCAUAGACUACUCCCUGCGCGCCUACCUGCGGGUCAUGUUUCUCCACAACCCCACAACCAUCACUGUGCAAGGGGAACCAGUGGAGGGCAGCGUGGACAUUACCCAGGGCUUAUCCCAACCACUGGCCGUCACGGGGAAGGUGAUGGGGCAGCCGGUGGCGGUGCGCAUGGGCAUGGACGAGGGGGAGAGGGCGUGUGGCCGGUGCGGGUUCUUCCUGUACUGGCACGGGCGGCUCAUUGAGGCGUACAAACGGGUCGGACGUAUGGAGUACUCGGGAGAUGCCGGGCUUGGAGUCGUGGGGGUGGUGGACACAACUGCUCUCUUUGACGCAGCAGGAGAACUGGGAGUGCUGAACUGCAAGCAGCGGUUUGCGGAGGGGGAGGAGUAUCAAAGGCUCAAGGACUUUCUAGCCGACACGUUUAACCAGUACUGGGAGGACAACUUUGACAAGGAUCGCCCCACACCCUACAUAGCGCCAGAAGCAGUGCUGGAGGACCACAGGGACUGGGUGCAGUGCGACAAGUGCGAGCAGUGGCACGUCCUGCCACCGAACAUCUCGUCUGCGAUGCUGCCCGAGAACUGGUUCUGCUACAUGGACCCUAUACGAGGCACGUGCAACGACCCUAACUACGUCAGACCAGCUGAUAACGAGGUGACCCUUGGGAUCUCCAGACGCAAUGCCACUGUUAUUGCUGCUGAUCGUGCUGGUGCUCGUGGUGCUGCUGCUGGUGGUGCUGCUGCUCGUGGUGUUACGCUCACUGCUCGUCAGCACCCCACUAACACACUUCGCACACGUUCCACUGCUGCUCUUCACGCGGUUGGCCAUUCCGCUGUGACUGAUGCUGCUUCUGCUUCAGAUAGCAAUCGCCUCCUUGCUUCCCCUGCAGCACCUGACAGGAGUGCUGCAGGUAGAGCCACCGCAACCGGAGCAGGAGCAGGAACAGGAGCAGGAGCAGGAGCAGCAGGAUCAGGAGCAGGAGCAGCAGGAGGAAGAACACAAGCAGGAGCAGGAGCAGGCGGAAAAACAGGAGCAGGAGCAGCAGGACCAGGAGCAGCAGCAGGAGGGGUCGGAAAUGCGCUUAAGAUCAAGCCACCAGUGGCGGGGAAACAGAGAGCGUUGUCACCUGCAGCAGCGGAUAGGAUCAGAGGAGUGGCUGAGACCACGAGAUUGAGCGAUGCCAAGAGAGUGAGUGAGGAGAAGAGAGUGGGUGAGGGGAGGAGAGGAGGUGAGGAGAGAAGUGGGCACGGUCCAGUUGCUGGUCCAAGCAGACCAAGAGCGACGGAAGCAGGUGGAGAAAUGGGAGCAGGACGAGCAGGAAGAGCAGGUGGGGAGAGAGGAGAAGCCGGGGAGCGGGGGGUAGGUGGGGCAAGUGGAGAGAGGGGGCUGCCACAAGGGGGAAGAGGAGGUGGGGAAAGAGGAGCAGCAGGGGAAAGGGGUGGAGUGGGCGCACAUGGAGAGAGGGGGUCGCCACAUGGAGGGGGGGAAAACAAUCCAGAAGAGGCAAGGAAAAGAAAGAUGAUAGAGGAAGGGGGUUUCCAUAGAGGAACGCAAAUACGGGUAAAGGAGGAGCCUAGGGAUCAUGGCGGGCCGGAGUUAGGAGUGGAGAGAAGGGAAAGCAGGGCAGGAGUAGAGAGAAGGGAAAGCAGGGCAGGAGUAGAGAGAAGGGAUUAUAGAGAGACAGGUAGAGGCAUAGAGAGGAGGGAGCAUGCGGGAACAGGGGUAAGGGGGGGUCAAGGAGUAGGAGUAGGAGGAGCAGGAGUAGAGAGACGGAGCAACACAGGGCCUUCAGCACUGGCACAAGGUAGCAGUAGAGGGCCCUCAGCACCAGCACAGAAUGACAGCAGAGGGAAGGCUGUGCUGGUGAAGCAGGAGGCAGAGGAAGAGAGGGGCGUUGCGGGGCAUAGCGCUGGAGGCAGAGGAGGUAUGGGAGCAGCAGCAGGGAGAGCAGCAGGGAGUGGAGCAGGGUUGUCGUUCCGCUGUGAUUCUGCUGUAGGCCCCUCUGGUCGUCUUGGACCCGUUGCUACUGGUCCUGCAUCUGCUUCUGCAGCAGCAGCUGCUGCUGCUGCUGCUGCUGCUGCUCCUGGUUCUGCGGCUGCUGCAGGGGCGGUGGAUGAGAGGGAGGAGGGAGAGGAGGUGGACAGCAGUGCCAGCAGUGGGGAGAGUGAGGAGGAUGUGGUGAUGUGGCACCAUCGGCCGGCCAAGAGACGUGCCAUCAUGGAUGAUGAUGACGAUGAGCUUGAGGACGGAGAAGUGUAGCUUCAGCACUAAGGGCUAUGGGUUGCAUGAGUGAAUGUCAAAGCUUGAGUUGUGUCAUUAGUGGCAGAAUGAGUUAAAGUGUUUUUUAUGGUGAAAGUUUGUUAUUCAAGUUCCUAUGCUUUGUCUUUUGAUUAGCUGAAGGAAUCAUAUCCUGCAGAAGCAGUGAACAGCGGAGUGGACUAAAAGAAUACCAGAACAAUCA